GCUACAAAAGCCCACCACGCGUCUCUUAAUCACUACAGAAUCCAAUUGUCGGUAGCCAAUCGCAGCCGGUAGAGUGACCGGACACGCGUCAGUUAAUUCUUUUUCUCUCUAUUACUCACACUUACACUUCGUCAUCUUUUAUUCUUCACACGACCCGAAAAGUUAAAAAGCAACACUUUCCACCUGCACAAUUAUCACCCACCAUAAUUUCCGGUUCAAUUACGCCGGAAUUUCUUCUCAUGCUUCCCUAUCCACUUCACUCCUCGCCGGAACCACAGCCGUUCAGAUUCUCCGAUACUAAAACCAAAACCUCUCUCACAGCAAUACUUCAAUCAAUUUUCUCCCUUCAAAAUCCUCGAGCAUGUAUUCUCUUCACCGUCCUCUUCAUCCAGAUCCUCCUCCUCUUCCGCCUCCGUAGUUUCCCCAUCUCAAUUCCCACCCCUCAUCACAACCUCAAUCACCUCGCCGUCGUCGAAACGGCCGCCACUUCAAACAUCACUGAAUUGAAUUCCGCUCCCACUAACGAUGAUGACCAAUGCGUCUCCGGUAGGGUUUUCGUCUACGACCUUCCUAAAUUCUUCAACCAAGAAAUCCUCGAUAAUUGCGACAAUCUUAAUCCGUGGAGUUCACGGUGCGAUGCUCUCUCCAACGAUGGAUUCGGAGAGAGUGCAACCGGACUCGACGGAAUUAUACCGGAGAAUCUGCUUCCGGCUUGGUAUUGGACGGACCAAUUCGUCUCCGAAAUUAUUUUCCACAACCGUAUACUAAACCACAAAUGCAGAACAAUGGAGCCAGAAUCCGCUACGGCGUUCUACAUACCAUUCUACGCUGGACUCGCAGUGGGGAAGUACUUAUGGAUGAACUCCACGGCAAAGUAUCGCGAUCGUCACUGCGAGAUGAUGCUGAGGUGGCUUGGAGAUCAGCCACAUUACAAAAAAUCCAACGGUUGGGAUCACUUCAUCACGAUGGGGCGCAUCACAUGGGAUUUUCGCCGCUCCAAGGAUGAGGAUUGGGGUUCUAGUUGCAUCUACAAGCCAGGGAUAAGAAACAUCACACGCCUUCUCAUCGAACGCAACCCUUGGGACUAUUUUGAUAUAGGUAUCCCCUACCCCACAGGAUUCCACCCUAAUUCCUAUUCUGACAUCACGCGCUGGCAGAGUUUCGUUCGCGAGCGUCGUCGGAACGCGCUAUUCUGCUUCGCUGGCGCGCCACGCCGCGCCUUUCAAAAUGAUUUCAGGGCAAUUCUGUUGAGUCAGUGUCGCGACUCGGAUGGGUCGUGUCGCGCCGUGGACUGCGCUGGGUCUAAGUGUUCGAAUGGCACAUCUGCUAUCACAAAAACAUUUCUCGACUCUGAUUUUUGUUUGCAGCCGAGAGGGGAUAGCUUCACGCGCCGGUCUAUUUUCGAUUGUAUGGUGGCCGGUUCGAUACCGGUUUUUUUCUGGCGGCGAACCGCGUAUUUACAGUAUGAGUUCUUUUUGCCGGAUAAACCGGAUAGUUACUCGGUUUACAUAGACCGGAACGCGGUAAAAAACGGGACAUCCGUGAAAAGCGUGCUUGAGAGUUACACAAAAGAAGAAGUGAGAAAAAUGAGGGAGAAAGUGAUUGAGUACAUUCCAAGGAUGAUUUAUGCAAAAGAUAACAAAGGGAUAGAUGGUAUGAAGGAUGCAUUUGAUUUUGCUUUGGAAGGGGUAUUUGCAAGGUUCAAGAAUCAACUACAACCAGGGUUUCACAAAUGGAAAUAAGUGUGAGGUAAUAAAGUGCAUUGUAUGGUAGUAUUAGAUUUAGAGGAAAAAAUAAAGUAUAAAUAAAUAAUGAUAUAAUAAGCUUGUUUUGUUUCACAUAAAUUUGGUAGGUUAGGGAGUUUUUUGCUUUACAGGUCUUAUUCAUAUAUAGGAUGUAUCAUAUUAAAUUGUGAUUCUUUUUCCCAGGAUGAUUAUACAAUUUAUGAAUAUUGAUAAUCUGUUGUAGUGGUGCUAUAAUAUUAAGAAUAUGUUUAUUUUUGGAUGA